AUGUCAUCUAAUUUUGCCUCGAAAAUAGCCCAUUCGGCGGGAAAAGUUUCUCUUACUUCAGACAGUCAAAACAAGUAAUAUUUAUUCAGUGUUAUCUAUAGCGGCGGAAAUGACACAUUAAUCCAUUGCCUUUCUUCAGAAAGCAUGAAAACUUAUGACUGGGACCAUUCAAUUACAGCUUUAGGAUUUUACAAUAACUCAUUGAUACUUGGGGAUAGCGAAGGCAAAGUAUACUCUAUCAAUAAUCUUGAGACGAAAGAAAAAAGUUUAGUUGCUUCCUUAACUGGGGAAGUUACUUGUAUUUCUGUAAGAGAAAAUCUUAUAGCAAUUUCUGGAGAACAGUCAAGUCCACUAAUAGUAGCCGAUAACUCAAUAAAAACCUUGGAACCAGGGCACAAUGGAGGAGUAAUGAGUGUUUCUAUAAGUCCAAAUCUCGCUUAUCUUUCGAGCAUGGGAUAUGAUGGAAAGCUGAAAAUCUUUGAUACACAAACAAAAGAGAAUGUUUAUGCUCUCGAUGUAGUAAGACCAUUAAAAGGUGCCACUCAGCAGAUGUUGCAAGGAGAUUGGAGUCCAGACAGCUCUAGCUAUGCUAUCCCUGGAGACAUGGUAUUCAGCUUCAUAUGUUUAAAAAAUGGUAGCUGAAAAUACGAGCCUACCAAAAUUGUCUGCAAUAACAACAUUUCUAUCAUAAAAUGGCCGUUUCCCAAUACACUAGUCACAGCAAGUCUUGAAAAAAAGAUAAGGAUCUGGAACAUAGAAAAAUCAAAAUGCUUACAAAUAAUAGAUAGUCCAGAGAUGCCUUGCUCCUUAUUGAUUUUUAAUAGAAAUUUGAUUGCAGCAAGCUUUGAUGGAAAAGUUGAAGUCUAUAAUAAUGUUGAAUGGGGAAUUAAAGAAAUUGAAGAAAAAGAAGCAACUAUAGAGGUUUCUGAAGGAAAAAAUGCAGAUGAUAAAGAGGAGGAUGAGAAUAAGUAUUUUUUCCAGAGAGCUAUUGGGGCGUUCCCUCAAGAACCAAUUGCUUCUGCAAUUACUGAUACCUCAUAUGCUAUAUUAUUUUGGAGCUUAUCAGGCAAAAUAGUGAGCAAAGAGUUUUUUACAGCUGAAGGAGUCCACAACUCAGUUAUAGAAAUUACUUUUUCAGAAAUUUCUUUUCAUAAGAACCUCUUUUUUUCUAAUGAUUAUAACUUGGUUUUGGCAACUAUGGGUAAAAGUGGAGCACUUCUAGGCUCAAAGUCAGCCGAAGAAGAAGUGGAUGAUGGGUUUAUUGCAGAAGAUUCCACUCACCAGCGACCAAGGCUAGUUUUUAAGAGCUUCUUAGAAGAUCAUGACUGGGUUAUUGCACUUCCGUGGCGAGAAAACCCUGAAUCUCUUGUUGUUGGAAACACAUGGUGUGCAGCCGUAACAUCUCUUAUUUAUCUUACUCCCUCUUGGGGAGCGAAAACAAAUUUUUUUUGCAAACGGAGGGUAAUAAUUUUUUAGAAAAAAAAUUAUAUAAAUUCUUUUUCAAAAUUUAAAAAUGUCUCAAUUCUCAAAAUUGAAAGCAAAUAUCAUUUACAUUAAAAAAAAUUAUGUUUUAAAAUGCAAUUUGUUUAAAAUUAAUUAGAAUUAACAAGAGAUUUUAUUAUACUAAUUAUUACUUAUAUAUCAAAUUUUUUUUCAUAAAAAUUUUUUUUUGUUUGCUCACGGAGGGUUUGUUUUUUGGGCAAAAAAGAGUGAUUUUUCCAAGGAUUUUUUCGCUCACUGAGGGGGAGUUAGGAUUUUUAGUAUAGAAGGUAUACAAACUCAUAUCAUUUCUCUUCCUUUGCCGAUUGUUUCACUUGCCAGCUAUGAAAACCAAUUCGCAAUGGUUUAUCACUCUGGACCUCCAGUGCUUGGAUGCCAAACUUUAAGAUGCGAAAUUUGGCAGAUGAAUACUCUGGUAACUGAAAAUGAGCCUGAAACUUUUGUUAAAGAAGAAAUAAGCAUAGGUCUAAGUCCUGAUGAAUCUCUGCAAUGGUUUGGCUACUCAGAAAGUGGGCUCCUUUGUACGGUAGAUUCAGGCUGUGUUGUCAGAGGUCUAUGAAGAAGAACUGGGCAUUGAACUCCACUAUGUGAAGUCCUUGAUUUUAACAGAAUUGUAGGAGUUUCUAAUAACGAAAUAGUCGGAGUAAACAGAGAAUCAGAGCUUCUAGAGACAAAGCCUUUCAAAAUCCCUGUCUGUCAAAAUAAAACAUCAGAACUAGAGGAAGAGUCCAUUUUGUCGAAAUUCAACUUAGAUCAUGAUAGAAUUGAGACUGAAGUAAGCGAGAAGAAUUUUCUAGAGAUAGACAAACUAGCGCUAAAAGGCAUGCAAAUUGCAGCUGAAAGCGGAGACUACAUAAAAGCUGUAGGAUAUACAAAAUUACUAGUUACCAAAAAGUCAAAAGCGAUUGCGUAUACUUUUGCUAAUAAAUUUGCAACUCAAUUAAAAAUUCCCUUCUUCCUAAAAAAAGUUCUCGCAGCUUUAGGAUAUGAGCAAGAGCAAAAAGAGGUUAUUAGAAAAGAAAGCAAGCCAGUUGUAGCAGAGCCUGUAAAUCCGGUUAGUUUUACUCCUAAACAGCCAGAGAUUCAAGCUACCCCUCAGCCUACAAUGCAAGAAGCUCCUAUACCUUUUACUAAAUCAAAAACAGAAAACAUGAACUUUUUCGAGUCUUUAGAUGCUCAGCAGCCACUUAAAAGGAAAAUCGAGCCAGAAUCAAGCUCAACCAAAAAACGAAAAUUACAAAAAUCAGGUGAAAAUUAA